GAUGAGUUGAGAGAUGCUGUGCUUCUCGUCUUUGCUAACAAGCAAGAUCUUCCUAACGCAAUGAACGCCGCUGAGAUAACCGACAAGCUUGGGCUUCACUCUCUCCGUCAACGACACUGGUACAUACAGAGCACGUGUGCCACCUCCGGAGAAGGGCUUUACGAGGGACUUGACUGGCUCUCCAACAACAUCGCAAACAAGGUACAUCAAAUUUACAACUUGUUAAAUCGUUUUGGUAUCAUCUUUUGA